CUUUUCUGUCUCAAAUCUCAUCUUAGGCUGCGAAGUUAUUUGAAUGGUUUUGGUGUAAGAAAGUCGUUUGUCGUCUGUUUGGGUUGUUAGACAAUGGCGGGUAUAGCUAUAAUCUUAGAUUUGUUGAGGAAAAAUCCCAGCUUUUACUCAACCCAGAGCGUUCACUCUUCUGGGUUCUUCUCAGCCACCGCUGCCGCCGCAUCCAUCGGCGCCAGCGCGCCCUUUGCAUCUAGGUUCCUCUUCGGAUAUCCCAAGACCCAAGUUGCUUAUUGCGAUGCUGGUGUUGGAUUCCCUGAUGAUUACAUUUCUAAUAUUCGAAGAGCGUCAAGCAAUCUCUUUCAGCAAGAUGCUUUGAAAUACAGUACUAAGGAAUACAAUAUUGUGUUGAAACCUUUGUUUUCAGCUUUUGAAGUGAGGGCACUUGCCAUUACAUCCUUGAGAUCAUUUUUGAUGUACUAUUUACCUCUUCUUGAGCCCACAAAUACAGAGGAGGAUGACGAUGACUUCCUCCAGGACACCCUAGAAGAGCGCCAUCUAGAUUUAGUUGUUCCCUUCAAAAAGUCAGUGAAGCAAAUCAUCCGUGAGACAACCAUUGUUACUACAAGAAGAAUUCUGGAAAGAAUUGCUGUCCAUUAUGUUUCACAGAGAAUGGCAUGUAAACUUCUUAAAGAUGUCCCUAAAUCAGCCACGCGCAAGGCACAGAGAGGAAUCCCUACUUCAGUUUACAUAUACAGGGUUAGCAAAACAACAUUCAGAGGAUAUCUUCUCGGAGUUGCAGCGGCAUGGUUAGUCCAAGUUGGUAUUGAAAUCUACCGAUUCUUCUCUCGUAUAAUCAAAUCUGACAAAGAAAGCGAUCAAGUUGAUAAAUCAGAACAAGUUAAAGUUCUUGGGAAAAGGGUUUCUUGUGUUACUAUCAGGUGUGGUGCAUCACUAGUUUUUGCUUCCAUUGGAGCUGGAAUUGGUGCUGUUCUCAUUCGCCCUUCACUCGGUCAAUGGAUUGGAUGUGCGGUUGGGGAUUUGGCAGGACCUGUUAUUGUAUCAUUUAGUCUUGGCAAACUUCUUCAUGUGGAUCUCUAGUGCACUAACUAUAAAUUACCUUGGGAUUCUCGUUUUCGGAUUCCGGUUUAACUGGUGGAGAUGAUACAUUCAUGAAUAAUAAUACUCUUGUUACAAGCUA